UUAUUCUUUAUUUUCUGGCCGACUUCAUUCUUGUCUCUCACCAACCUGGGAACGCAGGCUCCAGUCUCUUCAAGCUCCCUUUUUAACCGUUAAACUUUCCUUUUAAGACAACGAUUCUCUCACAAGUUCCAGGAAAGUCUUUUCCCUGGAAAUUUGUUUCAUGGGGUACUGUACAUAGUAUAUAUAUAUAUAAGGAAAGUGAAGCUGUAGGUUUUCUGUUUACUUGUUGAGGGUGUUGACUUGUUUGGAAAAAUGGGAAGAACAAGAAAGGGUAAAGCUGGUUUCAAAGUUGAAGAUGUUUUGGAGGUCUUUAAUCAUCUGUUGGAGGAAAAGCCUUCUUUUGCUUUCUUAAUCCCUUUGAUUUUGGUUUGUUGGGGAAUUGAGAAAUGGGUUUUCUCUUUCUCCAAUUGGGUUCCUCUUGUCGUUGCUAUCUGGGCUACUUUUCAGUAUUGCAGUCAUCAACAGAAAGUUAUUGUGGAAGACCUAAACAAAAAGUGGAAGCGAGUUGUAUUGAACACCUCGCCAAUAACACCAUUGGAACACUGUGAGUGGCUGAACAAGCUGUUGAUGGAAAUUUGGAUGAACUAUAUGAACCCAAAGCUUGCAAUAAGAUUCUCAUCCAUUGUUGAGAAACGAUUGAAACAACAAAGGUUGAAGCUCAUGGAAAAACUCGAGUUGCAGGAAUUUUCACUUGGUUCAUGCCCACCAUCCCUUGGUCUUCAUGGGACUCGCUGGUCAACUUCUGGUGAUCAGAGAAUUAUGCAUUUGGGAUUUGAUUGGGACUCCAAAGACAUGAGCAUUUUGUUGCUGGCUAAGCUGGCAAAGCCAUUAAUGGGAACUGCUCGGAUUGUUAUAAACAGCCUCCACAUCAAGGGUGAGCUUCUCUUGAUGCCAGUUCUGGAUGGGAGAGCGGUUUUGUACUCAUUUGUGUCAAUUCCUGAAGUAAGAAUAGGAGUUGCCUUUGGAAGUGGAGGAAGCCAGUCAUUACCUGCCACCGAGCUGCCAGGCGUUUCUUCUUGGCUGGUUAAGGUUUUCACUGACACCUUAGUCAAGACAAUGAUUGAGCCUCGCCGUCGUUGUUUCAGCUUACCAGCAGUAGAUUUAAGGAAAAAGGCUGUUGGUGGAAUUGUAUACGUGUCAGUCAUCUCAGCUAGCAAACUUUCUAGAAGUAACCUGAGAGGAAGUCCGCCAAGAAGGGUAAAUGGUAGUUUCAUAGAGCAUUUUGAUGAUAAAUAUCUGCAAACAUUUGUGGAGGUCGAGCUUGGACAUUUGACAAGGAGAACAGAUGUGAGACCAGGCUCAAACCCUAGAUGGGAUUCCACAUUUAACAUGUUCUUACAUGAAGAAACUGGAACUCUUCGAUUACAUCUUUACAACCGCCCACCCAACAGUGUGAAGUAUGAUUAUCUAGCAAGUUGUGAGAUCAAGAUGAAGUAUGUUGCUGAUGAUUCAACAACGUUUUGGGCAAUAGGACCCGACUCUGGUGUAAUAGCCAAACAUGCUGAGAUUUGCGGAAAAGAGGUUGAAAUGGUUGUUCCAUUUGAGGGAGUUACUUCAGGGGAGUUGACAGUAAAGCUUGUGGUGAAAGAAUGGCUGUUCUCUGAUGGUUCCCAUAGCUUGAACAACGUUAGCUCUCAGAAGUCAAUAUAUGGAUCAUCAAAUAUUCUUUCAAGAACAGGAAGGAAGAUUAACGUGGCUGUCAUGGAGGGAAAAGAUCUUAUUUCAAAAGAAAGAUCUGGAAAGUGUGACCCAUAUGUUAAACUGCAGUAUGGAAAGGUCCUACAGAAAACACGGACUGCACAUAGCUCUAAUCCUCUCUGGAAUCAGAAGUUCGAAUUUGAUGAGAUAGUAGAUGAUAGAUGCCUUAAGAUUAAAUGCUACAGUGAAGAAAUCUUUGGAGAUGAGAGCAUUGGUAGUGCACGAGUAAAUUUGGAAGGUUUGAUGGAGGGAUUUAUCAGGGACAUGUGGGUUCCCCUUGAAAAAGUGAAUACAGGAGAAUUAAGGCUUCAAAUAGAAGCAGUACAAGUCAAUGACUCUGAAGGAUCACGGGGUUCUAUGUCAGGUUCAUUCAAUGGUUGGAUUGAACUUGUUCUUGUUGAAGCGAAGGAUCUUAUUGCUGCUGAUCUUAGGGGGACAAGUGAUCCAUAUGUGAGGGUGCAAUAUGGAAGCUUGAAGAAGAGAACAAAGGUUAUGUACAAAACUCUGAAUCCUCAUUGGAAUCAAACCCUCGAGUUUCCUGAUGAUGGCAGUCCCUUAGAGUUGCAUGUGAAAGACUAUAAUGCCUUGCUGCCCACCUAUAGUAUUGGUGAUUGUGUUGUAGAGUAUCAGGGAUUGCCUCCAAACCAGAUGUCCGACAAGUGGAUUCCUCUCCAAGGAGUAACAAGGGGAGAGAUCCAUGUUCGGAUAACUAGGAAAGUUCCAGAACUACAAGCAAGAAACAGUUUGGAGUCUGACACAUCUUUAAUCAAAUCACACCAAAUCUCUAACCAGAUGAAACAAUUGAUGAUCAAGUUUCAAUCUCUGAUUGAGGAGGGCAGCCUAGAGGGGCUCUCGACAGCUUUGAGCGAGAUGCAAAGCCUAGAGGACAUGCAAGAAGAGUACAUGGUACAGAUUGAGACUGAGCAAAUGCUUCUACUUAACAAGAUAAAGGAGCUUGGUCAAGAAAUUAUGAGCUCAUCGUCUUCCUUGAGCAGAAGAUCUUCUGGACUUUGAACCAUGCCCCCAUUUUAAUAUAUGAUUAUCAUUGCCUUCAAUUUUCUCGCUACACAUAAUUACAUUUAGUAACAGUAUGUAGGGAUCUCCAACUCAAUAAUUGUAUAUGUGAUGCUUAUAAGCUCAGAUCACUGGUAGCAGCUAUAGAAAUUGGCAUUAAUGUUUUCAUGAUACUCUGCCGGCCUUCUUACUUCGUGCCUGCUUCCUGAUCUUGCCUCUAGCAUUAUCAAAUAAGAAUUGUAAUUAAUUAACAUUUUUUUUAACAGCUAUAUUUGUAACAAUUUUAACUGCUAUUCAACAAGUUUACGAGAAGAAAAACUUUUGAAGCUAAAAAAAGCUUUAUUGAUGAAA